AUGGCGUCGGCGCCAGAGAAGAAGCGGAUGGAACCUACUUUGAGAGAUCUGAGAGAUCCCCAGGUCAGUCGGGAUGGCAGGGGUGGCAGAGGAAGGGGCUGGAGCCACACCUCUGGCCGCGCAGAGUCUAGGGCGCCCAGUUACCGAGAACCACCGCUCUGCUUUCUCAUUAAGAGCAGCAUGAUUGGUGCGGUGAUUGGGCGUGGGGGAUCAAAAAUAAAAGAUAUCCAGGAUUCUACCAGUACAAAAAUACAGAUCGUAAAAGGUGGUCCUGAAGCUGAGGUAAAAAUUUUUGGCAGGAAAGACAUGAAGGCCAAGGCCAAAGUGGCUAUAGAAACUCUUGUUAAGAAACAAGAAAGAAGCUACAGUUCAGAAUGCAGUGUUGAUAGUGCUGCCUCUCAACCUUUUGCCGGGAGAGGCUGGAGCAGAAAUGUCACUGCUAGAGCAGCUCAGCCACGGAUAGAUUGGGAUCAAGUAAAAGCUGGAGUGAUGGAAUGGAAGAAAAGAAAAUGGGCAGAUUUACCACCAAUUAAGAAAAACUUAUACAUAGAAUCCAAAGCAACACACGCAUUGUCUCAAGCCCAAGUGGACAUUUGGAGAAAGGAAAAUUUCAACAUAAGGUGUGAUGACUUGACAGAGGGUGACAAACGUCCCAUACCCAAGCCCACAUGUACAUUCGAAGAUGCUUUCCAACAAUAUCCUGAGAUUAUGGAAAGCAUUAGGAGAGCUGGUUUUCAAAAGCCAACACCAAUUCAGUCUCAGGCAUGGCCAAUUAUUCUACAAGGAAUAGAUCUUAUAGGGAUUGCGCAAACUGGAACAGGCAAAACACUAUCCUAUUUAAUGCCUGGCUGUAUCCAUCUUCAUUCUCAACCAGUGUCUAGAAAACAACAGAAUGGACCUGGCAUGCUAGUCCUUACACCCACCAGAGAAUUAGCUUUGCAAGUAGAAGCUGAAUGCUCUAAGUACUUAUAUAAAGGUCUUAAAAGUGUUUGUAUAUAUGGUGGUGGAAACAGAAAAGGACAAAUACAAGAUGUUACCAAAGGUGUAGACAUCAUUAUUGCAACUCCUGGAAGACUAAAUGAUCUACAAAUGAAUAAUUUUGUCAACCUAAGAAGCAUAACCUACUUGGUCUUGGAUGAGGCAGAUAAAAUGCUGGAUCUGGGGUUUGAACACCAAAUAAUGAAGAUCUUAUUAGAUGUGCGCCCAGAUAGACAGACUGUUAUGACAACCGCAUCUUGGCCAGAUUCCACCCGUAGACUGGCCCAGUCUUAUUUGAAACAGCCUAUGAUUGUUUAUGUUGGUACUCUGGAUCUAGUUACUGUAAAUACUGUGAAGCAAAACAUAAUUGUCACCACUGAAAAAGAAAAACGAUCUCUGAUCAAAGAAUUCCUACAGAGCCUGUCACCCAAAGACAAAGUCAUCGUGUUUGUUGGCAGAAAACUUGUGGCUGAUGACUUAUCAAGUGAUUUAAGUAUUCAAGGAAUACCUGUCCAGUCCCUGCACGGUGACAGGGAACAGUGUGAUCGAGACCAAGCAUUAGAGGACUUCAGAAGUGGAAGAGUGAAAAUACUGAUCGCUACCGAUUUAGCAUCCAGAGGUCUUGAUGUCAGUGAUGUCACACAUGUAUAUAAUUACAAUUUUCCACGCAAUAUUGAAGAAUACGUACACAGAGUUGGACGUACUGGAAGAGCAGGGAAAACAGGUGAAUCAAUCACCCUUGUGACCCAAGAUGAUUGGAAAAUUGCCGAUGAGUUGAUUAAAAUUCUCCAAAGAGCCAACCAGACUGUGCCACCCAACCUCCGAUCAAUGGCUGAUCAGUUUAAGAAGCAUAAGCAAAAUUAGGAGAUAGGAAAAAGAUCAAGGAAACCUCAAGAAAAAUGCACCAAGUUUUAUUAA